GAUAUAAAAACGGUUCGUGUCCUUGUCAGAUUUGAUUCGAGCAUAGGGGUUUUGGUUUCAGAGGCUUACAAGCUAAGAUCAAAUCAAGAGGGGAAUUAAUUGAUUCGAGAUGGAUGGUGGCGACAGUAAUGGAGAUCCCAUUACUCUGGGAUCAUUUUUCAGAAGUCAAUUGUAUGAGAUGGUGGAUGAUCCUUCAACUGAUUCAAUAGUUUCUUGGAGCGAGAGCGGCAAGAGUUUCGUCGUUUGGGAUGACUCAGGGUUCCUCAAAGCUGAGAGCCUUGAACUCUGGGGCUUUAGGAAAGUUGAAGAGUCUGAUCAGAAAUGGGAAUAUGCAUGCGAUUAUUUCGUGAGAGGUCAGCCUGGGCUUAAACCGCCUCCUCAUAUUUGUGGUGGCCCUGUUUUAACGCCUGGAUAUCGCAGAAAGAUUGAGAUCGUCUUCGCUGGCCGCAAGGGUUUGGAUAUUAACAAUGGCCUGAUUCCUUUAAGCAGUUUAUCAUGCAUGAAAGGAAUAUAUGCGGCUGCGAAUAAGCAACGCAGUGUAAGAAAGCAACGACGGCCUUCUCUUUUCAAAAGAAAAAUGUAUGAUAUGGUGGAUGAUCCUUCAACUGAUUCAAUUGUCUCGUGGAGUGAGAGCGGCAAGAGUUUCAUCAUUUGGAAAGAAACUGAGUUCCUGAGAGAUGUUCUUCCGCAACAUGUGUUCUUCUUGCGAUACGAGAUGACAUCCUUUGCCCGCUGGCUCUAUGUCAUGGGCUAUAGGAAAGUAGAAGAAUCAUCUCACCAAUGGGAGUUUGCUGGCGAUUAUCUUGUCAGAGGCGAACCUGGCGAGCCUGAUUUGCCCACACCUCCAUGCACUCCUGGGGGGAUUAUGGUUACCCCAGAAACUGCCAGAAUCAUGGAGACGAACUUUGCUUUCCAGAAGAAGUAUCUCGAACACCAAGCUUGUAAUAAUGAAUAAUCUCUCUCUCUCUCUCUCUCUCUCUCUCUCUCUCUCUCUCUAGGUUCGUUGGAGUUGCUUUGCUUUCCUUGUUGUUGUUUAUAUUCUUCUUUGUGGCAUCAUCACCAAACUCUUGUGUGCUCUGUUUUUCUUUUUUUUUUUCUUUCUCUUAAUCUGUUUUAACUUCUUGUUCGAUUGAAACUUUAUGUUUAGUCUAUUUUGUUUUUUUAACUUAUGGUUUGUAAGAUGCUGUGGUUCUUUCCCUUGAUGGUUUUGUAUUGAAAUAUAUAGAUCAUUAUGCA